AGCAAAAUGUUUCUCGCCAAGAUCCUAAUCCUCUUCACCGCCUGUUUUCUGGUCAGUGCAAAUGGCCAUUCAUUCGGAGCAGUUGGGGCUCCAAGAACUCUUGAGGGCGAGGAUUUGGCCAGUGCUCAACGGACUCUUGAGGCAUCUCUCACCAAACUGGCCGCUGGCGAAGGACCCCACUAUCGCAUCUCCAAGAUCCUGUCUGCCACCUCUCAGGUGGUCGCUGGCUCCAAGCACGUCUACUCCGUGGAGCUAAUCGACAACGAAGGUGCCACCAAGGUGUGCAAUGUGGACAUCUGGAGCCGCAGCUGGGAGCCAAACGGCAUCCAGGUGACCUUCCGGUGUCCCAACGAACCGGAACUGGUUAGGAAACACAAUGCCUAGGUGGAUAUAAGUGCUUCUUGUGUGUCGAAAUGGAAGAAAUGUGCCCCCUUCGUUAACUGAUUCUUUGAAUAAAAUU